GAACGUUUCUCAUUUAUCGAUUCAACAAUGUUUUAUUACGGGACUUCAGUUUAUAAAAGGUUUCAAGAAAAGUACACGUUUAUCUUUUUUAUCGGUUAGUGUUUAUUCGCAGCUUUUAGUGAAGUCUAUGGAUCCCGUGAGUGAUAAGCCUCCAGUUUGCGUGUCGGAUCUCGUUAUUCCCUACAACGAUUGCCUGGAAAGCGAGUUUGAUGAUAAUCGGCAACCGCACGGUUCAGACACAUCGGCUUGUGUAAUUGAUGAGACGAUUAAUAAAUCUCCGAUUCUUGGACGACAUUUCAAACCACCGGAUUUUCCCAAAUCCUUCGACCCACAUCCACCGAAAUUUGACACUUCUCUCCCAUACAUUCCUGUUUACACGCAUUUGGUUACGCAUGAUUUGACGCCGAUUGAGCGACCGCAAACACCGCCAUUCAUAAAAAUGCUUAGCUUGGGAAGAGUGAUGGAGUCGAAAAAUCUCGUCAAAUCACCUGUCAAUUCCAAGGCUUAUGAAUCCGAUGACGAGGAUGGAAAAACGAUACAUUUAUCUGGUAGAAGCACGAAAUGCUUCAAUAUCAAGGACACAUCUUCGGGGAUAUAUUAACUUCCGAUUCGAUAUUUCCACAGAAGUUCUGCAACGUCGGUUUACUCAAAAUCGCAUUAAAUGCACACAUAAAACAUUCAAUGAUUAUUUAAUGUAACAAUUCGUUGAUUCAAUAAAAUUGAUGAUAAAUUUUCUAGUAUUGUA